GAGAGUAAAGCUCGGGUGACGAGCAUUCACUCCUCCACGUCGCGACGCCGAUCCGAGGAUAAUCACAAACGUCACUUUCCUUUCGUUUUUACUGUCAGUUUUAAAUUAAAACUAUCUUAUAAUCGUCGUAAAAGUAUGUUAUUGAUAUCCUCAUGACUGUGAGUCGGGAUAAGAGAUGAAGAAAGCGAGGAAGCGACUGCCAGCGAACGGAUCUCAAGCGUCUGUCAGGAAACAUGAAGAACAAUUACCCUGGAAGAAACAGAAGCUUGUGGAAAUCCAUCAGGCCCUAAACAGCGACCCCGUGGACAUCGAGACCCUGCGGCGGGCGGCUGUGAGCGAAGGCGGUUUGCUGACGGAUGACAUCAGGAGAAAAGUUUGGCCCAAACUCCUCAGUAUCAAUGUGUACAAUCUGCCUGCCAAACCCUCCAAAGAUGUCCGGGAAGACCAUAAAGACUACAGACAGGUGGUGCUUGAUGUCAAGAGAUCUUCGCGACGUUUCCCAAAAAGCAUGCGUGUGGAUGAGCGAGAGGUUCUCCAAGAGCAGCUGAUCGACAUCAUUCUGGAUGUUUUGAGGAGAAAUCCUCAGCUGCACUAUUACCAGGGUUAUCAUGACAUUGUGGUGACCUUCCAGCUGGCGGUGGGACAGAAGAUGACCAUCGCAAUCAUGGAGAAACUGUCCAGUCAUCAUCUCAGGGAUUUCAUGGACCCCACCAUGGACAGCACAAAGCAUAUCCUGAACUACCUGAUGCCCAUUCUGAAGCGAGUGGACAGAGAGUUGCACGACUUCAUGAUAAGGUCUGAGGUGGGCACCAUCUUCGCUCUGAGCUGGCUGAUCACAUGGUACAGCUACGUCCUGUCAGAUAUUCGGCAUGUUCUGCGGCUCUAUGAUUUCUUCCUGGCGUCUCACCCACUCAUGGCCAUCUACUUUGCUGCUGUGAUUGUGCUGUACAGACAGAAGGAAGUGAAGAGCAGCGAGUGUGAUAUGGCCAGCGUUCAUCACCUGCUGUCUCAGAUGCCUCAGGAUCUGCCGUACGAGGAGCUGAUUGGUCAAGCUCAGAGCCUCUUCAUCAGCUGCCCGCCCUCAAUGCUGAGCCAGUCUGCCGCGCUGAAGCCACGCAACAUAAUCGCCAUCAGCACCUUUACAGACUUCCAGAAGUCCACGCUGCGUCAGCGUCCCGACUCCGUCCUUCGUCAACAGCAUCAAAAGCGGCAUAAAAACCAGCUAACCCUCACUCUGAGCACCCAGCCAACGAGCACUAACCAGCUCAUCAAAAUGGCAGUGUGGGGUCUGUCGGCCACGUUAGGAGCGGCGGCGCUGGCCGUGGCCCAAACGGCCAUGGACUGGGCACCCGAGUUUCUCUCCCAGCUCUUCUGACACGAAACACCUCGUUCUCACGUGUGCCAAACAGGGUGUACUGCAAUGUGCAAAUAUGUGUUAAGUGAUGCAAAACACCCGGAGAGAAUGAAUCUGAAGCGUAUUUAUUUCCGAACCGUGCUUUUUUUCUUAUUUAUAGAUUUUAGCUGUGGUAAUAUUGGCGAAGUGGGAGGAGUCACACGAGGUUUUUGUAAUCAUAAGCAUUUCUGGAUGUCGUUCCAUCAGCAGAAUGUCAGAGAAAGUGCUCUGCUAGGCCCUUCUCAACAGCACAAAUUAUUAAAAGGUUUUUUUUUUCUGCUGAAUGCCGUCAGUAGUGAGUGAAGCUCAUUAAGAGGAGAAAACGGGUAAAGGCUGAAAGACCACAGAGACUCGCUGGUGAACGCAGCACUUUACAACAACAGUUUAUUCUAGAUCAAGAACAACCUACACACAUGCUUUCAGGAUCCACGGCUCACUUUCACGUCCUUUAGAUAUGAACCACUGUCCUCUGUGUGCAAAUUAUACCGUCAAUGUGUCUUAUUACACUCACUACUCUCACUAAAAAAAAAAAAUAGGUGAAAGAAUUUACUUUGAAACCAUUUUUUUUUUUACUGAGUAACUGCUAUUAAAUUUCACAAAUAGUUACGAAGAAACACCAGGUAUCGUUAAAUAUAAGAUAUUUUGAAGUAGAAACACUGAAAAAAAUUUAUUUUCUUGUAAAACACACUAUAAUCUUUGUUUUAUUCAGAAUAAAUGUUUUUUUCAGUAGUUUCCUGUUAAGUGAAUCGUUUAAAUUAACAUGUUAGUUUAGUAAAAUUAAUUAAAAAAAAAAAAAAAAUUUAAUUACUGUUCAUGGUGCGGCACACUGAAAAACAGUGGUUAAAUGGUUAACUAAGUAGCCAUAAUUUAAAAAAAUAUAUAUAAUAUAUUUAAAAACAAAAUCUAAAAAAAGAAAAAACCUACUUAAAGGAGAAGUCCACUUCCAGAACAACAAU